CUAUUGUGAAUACCUCUACGCUCUACACCCACCGUUUUUGGAACGUUGUUCCCAGGAGGAUGGAGGCCAUGAAGGCUGCUAUCAAGAAUCGGGACUUUAAACAGUUUUCUGGUCAUACCGUGGCGGAUUCCAACCAGUUCCAUACGCUUUUCCAGGCUUCCAGACCUCCGAUUUCUACAUGAACCAUGUCUCCUGGGCUGCUAUGCAUGCUGUCAAAGCGUGGAAUAUACUGGAUGGGAGAGCUGUUGGAGCAUAUACUUUCAACGCAUGCCAAUAUAUGGUCAUUUAUUAUCAAGACUAAGAUGAAGACAAGGUUCAGGGGUUCUUGGGGGUUCUUGGGGGUGUUGUUUGCGCGAGAGGUUGCGGAGUGGGCCGUGCUCUGAACCGUUCGGGGGCCCCAUAGGGACGGCAGGGAUAACGCCAAGAAGACGGGAUGGGACAGGACCACUGGACAUGGUCCUAUGUAGGGAAAAUUACGUGGGGGACCGCCGUGCCAGCAAGCUAUGCCCUUAUUGGUAUAGUGAGAGACGCUGGACAGCGGCUUCUUAGGCAGACAACAGAAGAGAUGGCAGGAUGGCCGGGAUUGCGCUGAGGAUUAUAGGGGGUAUUAGAAGGCGGGACGGUGUAGGAAAGGACUGUAGGGUGCAGGGAUGGGCUGCGGGGGGUGGCCGUAGACGGUAGGUAUUAGGAAUGACAGCCGGGCAUAGGUGAGCAAAGAUGAGGGAGACGGUUAGGGAUGGCUCAUGACUGCCGGGGACUGCAGACAAACUAUGAGUGAUAUCUUAUGAUGUGAUAUAACCAAUAUCGUAAAUCAUAGGCAGGGCAGGAAAAGAAGGUUAUAUAUAUCAUCACGUGCUCUAGUACCGUAUUAAGAUAAGACUGAACUAAUACAUCCGUCUGUAAGCCUCACUUUCUCUUUCGAAUACUUCUAUAAGUCAUUCGCUUUAACCAUCCUGGUGAUGUCGCAACAAAGCCAAAGAAUCGAUGCGACAAAAGUCGACUCUCAGCAGAAUGCCUGGGAUUUACCUGAGAAGUUACCGGGAAACUGAGUUGACCCUCUUAGAUCAGGGCAUUCAAAAAUUGCGGAUAUGCUUGCUGCCUUGCCGAUCCAUGCUGCUGGUUUUUGAGUGCUAGUUUGGCAAAGACUUCGGACUGUUUUAUUUCUUAAAAAUGAAUUCUUCCUGGCUUAUUAGUUUACGCAUAUGACAUAUAAUUUCAAGGAUCGUAAACCAUGAGUCGGAUGAACUCAUGAACUUGAACUAUCUGAGAAUACCGGCCCUUGGGAUGUAAUAGAAAAACGCCGCGGGGCCCUACCGGGACCGAUAGCGCGUCCCGUCCUACCUCGAUCUUCCAUAUUCCACCCAUGGACUGGAGAAAGGACGGACUACCACCGGCGGUCCGUCCGGCCCUACCCCAAAGACAGACGGACUGACGGUUCGGAACACUAGGAGUGGGCCAGAAACUACGCAAAGGUUGCGCCCGAGGGAUACGAUAAUAGCUGCUUCAAGGCAUUGAAGGAUGGUGUCAGUAGGGUUAUCUUGUCUACGGUUGGGGAGGGACCCAUCAGGGCCAAUGAUACACUGAUU